CCCUUUCUCAAUGGCUUCCACUGGCAUUCACUUCACACUAUCUGUAUUCCUACUUGGAUUGCUAAUUGUCACCUCCCUUGAUUUCACAGUUGGUCAAGUUGGUGUGUGUUUCGGAAGGCUGGGCAACAACUUGCCCAGCGUUCAACGAACACUAGCUCUCUACAAAAAAAACAACAUCCGGAGAAUGAGGCUCUACGACCCCCACCCCCCCACCCUCCGCGCCCUCGCCAACACCGGCAUCCGCCUCAUGCUCGGGGUCCGCGACGACCAGCUCCGAGACCUCGCCAACUGCCCCGACGCCGCCACAAACUGGGUCCGCACCAACAUCCUCCAGUACCCCAACGUCACAUUCCGCUACAUCGCCGUAGGCAACGAGAUCGACCCCGAAUCCGCCCUCGCCCCCUUCGUCCUCCCCGCGAUUCAGAACAUCUACCGCGCCAUCCGCACCGCCGGCCGCGCCUCCCAAAUCAAGGUCUCCACCUCCAUCCGUACGGAUCUUCUAGAAAGAUCUUAUCCUCCGCAAUCAGGAGUGUUCAAAUGCAGCGUCAAUUGGUACAUUAGGCCGAUCAUCGAGUUUCUAAGGGAUACACAAACAACUCUUCUCGUCAACGUGUAUCCCUACUUCGCCUACCUGAACGAUCCCAAGACUAUCAACCUCUCAUACGCGCUGCUGCAGCCCAACAGCGGCAUCAUCGCCGGCGGCGUCUACUACGACAACCUCUACUACGCGAUCCUAGACGCCGUUGACGCGGCCAUGGAGAGGAUCCUCACUGCCGUUCCAACGCUUUUCUCGGUGCUUUCCGAUGAGGAGAUGAAGGCUGGCGGGUCGGGUAACCCGGGCGGGACAGGGUCGGAGACGGGCUGGCCCUCGAAGGGCGGAGGUAACGGGAAAGACUACACCACAGCUGAUGGGGAUGGGCCUAUCCACACCGUUGAAAAUGCGAGAAUUUACAAUAAUAAUUUGAUGCGAAUUGUUAAGAGUGGGACCCCGAGAAGGCCGGGCCGGCCUUUGGAGACGUACAUAUUUGCGAUGUAUGAUGAGAAUCUGAAGCCCGGCCCGGCCUACGAGAGGCAUUUCGGGAUCUUUCUUCCCAACGGACAACCCAAAUACCAGCUUGGUUUUCGUUAGCAGUGUCGAAUUGUUAUUGUUGUUAGUUGUUUAUUAUUUUUCUAAGUAGUGGAAAAAUUGGUUUAUGACUUUAAUUCUAGUAGAAUAAAUUGUUUGUGUGGUGUGAUAAAAUGAAGACAGUUUAUACUUUAUAGUGUGAUUUUAAAUUAAUUAA